GAAAAGGGGGUUUAUGUAUAAAGAAUCUGAAUAUGUUUUAAUGGUGGUCUGGUGAGCGAGCUGGGCAAUAACAAUUUUGCUGCUUUUUGUCGAAAAUCAAACAUUUUUGAAGUUCUGGGUUCUUGGAAUGAUGGGUUCAAUGGCAGAAGAUAGGGAGGUGAGAUGGGUACAGUUUCAGAGAGAUGCCAUCUUCAAAUACCCUCCUCCUCCUCCAUCUCCAUCUUCAUCGCCCUCUGGGAACAAAAUCAAUCCUGCAGUUCUUUUCAUCAUAGUGAUAGUAGCAGUCCUGUUCUUCGUGUCUGGUCUGCUGCACUUGCUUGUUAGAUUUCUUGUCAAGAAUCCUUCAUCGGUCCGGUCCGGCCGGAACCCAGAAGUUCCCAGCGCCGACGAUGCCCUUCAAAGACAGUUGCAGCAGCUCUUCCAUCUCCAUGACUCCGGCGUGGACCAAGCUUUCAUUGAUGCGUUGCCAGUCUUCAUUUACAGAGAAAUCGUGGGCGGUUCAAAAGAGCCGUUUGAUUGCGCUGUUUGUUUGAGUGAAUUUGUAGAGAAGGAUAAGCUGAGAUUGCUGCCCAUGUGCGGCCAUGCUUUCCACAUCAAUUGCAUAGAUACAUGGCUCUUGACAAAUUCCACUUGCCCCCUCUGUAGAGGCACCCUCUUCAACCCUGGGUUCUCCGUUGAAAACCCCAUGUUUGAUCACGAUGAGCCACUUGAAGAUCCUCGCAGUGGAGACAAUAAUAAUGACACUUCUGCUCAAAAAGCAGUCGAUUUAGACGAAAUCGUGGUCCAGAAGGGGACUUUUCCUGUUAGACUCGGCAAGUUUCGUAAGCUUAACAAUGGGGAAGAAGCUGAAGAAGAUGAUGGUGAGGCUAGCAGUAGCGCUUUGGAUGCUAGAAGAUGCUACUCAAUGGGCUCAUAUCAAUACGUUGUUGGGGAUACUAAACUCAGGGUGGCACUCAAUAAUCUGGGAAAUGGCAGAGAUGUGGAAAAGCUUGUGAAACCAAGAGAUAAUAAUCAGGAUACUGUGGAUGGAGAGGGGAAAAGAUUAAGUAUUGGAACCAAAACUGAUAGUUUCUCCAUUUCCAAGAUUUGGCUUUGGUCUAAGAAAGGGAAAUUUGGUUCUUCAGACUCUCAUGUUUGAUUAAUGACCUUAAUUAGUUUCAAGAACAUUUAGCGUUGAGUUUACCUAGGAAGAAGAAAGAUCAGCUGGCAUAUCUUUCACAACUUUAAUUUUGCAGUGUUUCUAA